GGAGCGUCGGGAAAAGGCGUUUGAGAUUCUCCAUCCCGAAAAGGCGCGUGCUCGUCUGGCAGAAAAGCUAAUGAGGGCAAGAGUGGAGGAGCGCGUGACGCAGAAGCACAAGAACACAAGUAAAUGGGUACGCCACGCGAAACGGUUUGCUAAUUUUGACGGCAACACAAAAGACGCCAUUAACGAGCAGAACUUGUUGCAUCAACGACUCAUGCAAAAAAUGGAAGAGGACGCAGACGAAGACGCUUACCUGAAUGCGCACGUUGAUGGUCAUGCCGACAGUGAGGCAGCAUCAAGCGAGGAGGAGCGCGUCGUGGACUACCUUAUGGCCGAAGUGGCCGCGAAGCAGCAACAGGAAGGGGGAAAUAAGACGGAAAAGAGCAGUCAGAAGCUGACAUCUGUACUGUGGCGAAGCAUUGCUGAGGUUGAGAAGGAGGGGGAGGACGAUGGCCAGACGACGGGGUCACAGAUGACGCCCACCGAAAAGGCUCGUAUGGAGCUUCGGGAGAUGAAUUUUAUGCAGCAGGCGAAGGAACGCGAGGAAAAACGUUACGCAGAGGUGUUGGAAACCUUGCAGGAAGACAUUCGUCGCGACAUGUGUGGCCAGGCUGUGGGCAGUGAUGAUGAACCGUCUGAUUUGGAUGAGACCAGCGAGAAGGAAGAGAAGCCAAAAAGAUUGAAAUCGAAGGCUAAAUCCUUGAAAAAUGUAGAGACAAAUGUGGGACGAAAGGUGUUUUUGCAGAGGCAUGGGGAACAACCGGACAGAAAAGUUGUGGAGAGUAUCCAGCUGAAGCGGCACCGUGGUAUUGAUGCACAAAGGGGUAAUGAGGCGGAGGAGACUCACAGGAACACGAGUGCAAAGGAAGAUGCGAAUGGUACUGGGCGUUCCACUAGAGAUGAAGGCAGCAAUGAUGGUGUGGCGGAUGGGAUGGCAACAGAAAAAGAUAAGGCUGCCACAUUUCACACAGCAGACCUUGCUGGAAGUAGGGACGAGAAAAAUGAAGGGUUUGCUGGUAGCCGUCAGCCCAAUAUAUCUUCUGUUAGUAACGUUGGCAGCGAGGCCGUCUUUCCUGCGACGCCGAAACGAGCAAGCAGUACGCGUAUCACGAUUCUGCCGGCUGACGCCAAACGGCCGCGUGACGUCAAUGGCACAAACAAGGGUGAAGAGGAGGGAGUGCUUAGGAAGGCCAAAGGGAAAAGGAAAAAAAGGGAGCAGCUUGGAGAGAAAAAAUCCGAAGAGGAGAACGAUGAAGAAACAACGUUACAACAACAUCAGGAGUACCUCAUUGCUCGUGCCUUUGCCGAUGAUGAAGUUGACGCGGAAUUUCUUGCGGAAAAAACAGCGCAGGUUGAAACGAUCAUGAAGCCCGUUGACAAAAAUGCAACGCUUCCCGGUUGGGGCGAGUGGGGCGGCAAAGACGAACGUCUCAACAGACAUCACCAGGAAAAGUUAAAAUUGAUGGAUUUGCAGCGACAAAUUGAAAAGACAACACUAAUGAAAAGCCGCGCUGACGCUGAGCUCGAUCAUGUCAUUAUCAACCACGAUGGAGUGGAACUGGUGCCAGACCGUAUGUUGCUGCAUAUGAUUCCUCGUCCAUUCAGUAACCCGACAGAGUUUGCACGGUCCAUGCGGCAUCCUCUUGGCCCCGAGUGGAACUCCGCUUUUGCCUUUAAGGAAGCCAAUCAGCCGCGUCUGGAGGUACGUCAGGGACAUUCCAUGCUGCCACUUGAUCUCACUCUACGUGGUAAAAAGAAGACAGCAAAAACCAAGAGGCGUAAAGUGUUAUCCACGGCAGCUGUGUAG